AACAACUUCAAAGCUCCCCUCGGUUCAACUGAAAACGUAAAAGCUGGAGUGCCGUCUCGUUCUACACCACAGCCAUGGCGGUGUCUGUCUCUGCGACAACACGAAACUGUGGCAGCACCGGCAUUUCCUCCUGCGCCAUCUCCCUAACCCCAUUUUUUCAAAAUCUCAGCUUUCCCUUAAAUUUCAGGCCCAUACCAAUCAAUUCAUUCCACCUUCCAAGACUCAAUAGAAUACUUGCCAUUUCCAACUCCAGAGGAACUGAGUUAAAUGUUUUGAAUGAGAAGAAUGUGAAUGUGUUGGACAAUGUGGAAGUGUAUGAUUUGAGUGGAAAAGGAGUUCCUAUUUCUGAUUUGUGGAAAGAUAGAAGAGCGGUUGUUGCAUUUGCCCGCCAUUUUGGUUGUGUGCUUUGCCGCAAAAGGGCAGAUGAUCUUGCUGCAGUUAAGGAUAAAAUGGAUGCUGCGGGUGUGGCACUUGUCUUAAUUGGGCCGGGUAAUGUUGAUCAGGCAAAGACAUUCCGUGCACAAACUGAUUUCAGAGGAGAAAUUUAUGCGGACCCCAGCCAUGCAUCGUACACAGCAUUAAGAUUUGUGUCCGGCGUGUCAACCACAUUCACUCCUGGGGCUGGUUUGAAAAUUAUCCAAGCUUACAUGGAAGGUUACAGACAGGAUUGGGAACUUUCUUCUGAGAAAGAUACAAGAGAAAGAGGCGGUUGGCAACAAGGUGGAAUUAUUGUUGCAGGUCCGGGUAAAACUAACUUAUUGUACAUCCACAAGGAUAAAGAAGCAGGAGAUGAUCCACCAAUAACUGAUAUCUUGAGGGCUUGUUGCAUGCAAGGAUGAAUACUAAUACCAAAUGAUUGCACAUAAGAUUUGUAAUUACUUUAUUACACAUAUAUCUACAUACAAGCAUUGGAACCAUAAUUCCAAGUAAUAAUGUGGAAUUACAGAAUACAUGUCUACUAAUAAUCUAAUACCAAAUGAUUGCCUAUGUAAUUCAAGAUUGUCAUCUUUGCCCACAAAUGAUAUCAGUCUGUUUUCCUA